AUGUCUGGAUUCGAUGAUUUAGAUCAUCUCUUUGAUGAAACUUCAAAUUCAAACAUCGAUACUGAGAAGCUCAAAGGUCUUACAGACUUUUUAACACAGUCCAAUCAGAAUAGAAAUGCUACUCCUCCUACAUCCAAUACUACCCCUCCUCAACAACAACAACCACAACAACAACCACAGCAACCUGCAUACCAUCCAACUCAACAACAAAACUAUCAAAAUACACCACAGACAAUACAGAAUAUACAACAAACAUUGCAUGGCAUACCAUCUCCACAAGGAGGUAUGACGACCGGUACACCAAUGCAAGGUAUGGUGCGACCAAACGUCAACAACCCAUCGACCAUCUCUCCUCAACAACAACAUAUGCAAAACACCCCUCAAGGUAUGAUGGUUAAACCACAGCCAAAUCAAAUGGGAGUAGGUGGUGUUGGUGUUGGUGGGAUGCCCCCACAAAGCAGUAUGAUGGCCAAGCCUCAGCCAGGCCAACAACAACAACAGCCUAUAUACAAUGUCGGUGGAUCAGUGGUACCAUCGCAUCCCCAGCAGCAGGGUAUUCACAAGAUGACACCGAUGACACCACAGCAAGCUGCCUUGAUGAAGCAACAGGCUCAGUUGGGUGCUCAGGUUGCCAAGACUGCACCAGGUAUGCAGAUGAAUACAGGAGUUGGUGGUGUUGCCGGCGUGCAACAAGGAGGAGUUGGAGUUGGAGGAGUGGGAGGUCAACAACCACUACAACAACAAGGAAUGAAUCCACAUGUAAUGAUGCAUAGACAACAGUCGGGUGGUGUCAUGCCAGGUGGCCAAGCACCUACUGGACAGAUCACGUCGAGUACUACCAUCGGACCAAAUCACAUGGCUGGACAGGCGGGUGUCGGACAGCAGAUAUACAGACAAAUGGUUCCUCAAGGAACUGGUGCUCCCGUUCCACCUGGAACACAGCAACAGCAAGGUAUACACCGUCCAAUUGGUCAACCAACCAACACUCAAAUGGGACAACAACCUCAAUUCCAACCAAACAUACCACAAAAACAAACCAUUCAAGGACAACCUCUUGGUCCAACCAAUACCCAACAAAUGGGACAACAACAACAAAUGAAUCAACAACAAAUAGGACAACAACCAAUGAACAAUGUGAACACUGGUAUUCAACAACCAAUGAAUAAUAAUGUAAACACUGGUAUUCAACCCCAACAACAAACACAACAAGGUGUAUCGAAUAUGAGUGGUGGUGUAUCUGGUGGUAUUCAAUCAUUACAAUCAAAUAUGAUGCAGCAACAACAACCACAACCAAUGCAGACAAGUAAACCACCUGCACCACUUUCAACGGUUGGUGGCGGGGGUGUGAUUAGUACUACUACUGCAACUCCACAACAAUCUGGUGGAGGAGGUGUAGGUGUAGCACCAACAGCAGCAGCACCUGGAACAAAUGUGAUUGGAGGGGGAGGAGGAGGAGGACCACCAACACAACAACAAAUCCAACAACAAAUUCAAAACCAUUUCAAUGCACUUGCAUUGGCCUAUAGAAACGAUAUCUUGGGCAAGGAGGUAUUGAUGAAGCAUUUGAUCAUGUUGUUUGGUGCUGAAAAUGCUGGACAAUACACUGUCAAGAUUGACGAUAUUAAUCCUGCCAAGGUACCAAAACUGCCAAGUGAUUUCAACAUUAAUGCAAUCUUGGACAAAACACCUCAACUUCGAGAAAUGACUGUACAAUUCCAAAAACAAAAACAAUCACUCAAACCUGCGCAACCAGCCCAACCACUAACACCACAACAACCAUCACAAACGCCACAAACAUCACAGCAGCCACCUGCAUCCACGCCAUCAUCAGCAGCACUCAGUGCAACACAGCAAUCAACCACCUCCAAAUCAACUACAUCACAAACAUUCCGUCAAUUACCACCUACAGUUCCAAAUGGUCAUACUGUUCCACCACCAAUUCAAAAAGAAGUUAAAAAAGAACCAGCUAAAAAACCAGAAAAAAGAAAAAAAGAAGAAGAAAAACAAACAGAUGAUGAUAAACAAUCAAUUAAAGAAUUAAAUGAUGUAACAAGAAUAGCAAAUAUUGAUAUUAGAAAUGAAUCUGAUCAUUUCUUACCAGAUGCCAAUGGAAAAGAAGAUGAUGAACAUUAUCAAGCUGAAGUUGAACCAUUAUUUUUAAAUUCAGCUCCGCUUAAAAAGAAAAUUGCAAAUAUUAUAACAAAAAAAGGUAUAAAAUCAAUUGAUGAAAAUAUUUAUGAAUAUGUUUCAUUGGCAGCACAAGAUUAUGUAAAAACAGUAAUAGAAUUUUUGAUCAAAGCCUCACAUCAACGUGUAGAUAUCAACAAGGAAGAUCUACCAUUUACAAUCACCAACGACAUUAAAAAGAAGUUGUUGCUCAUUGAAAAGCGCGAGAGAGAUGAACGCAUUAGAAAGGAAAACGAAGAGAAUGAGAGAUUGUUGCGCGAGGCCAAGCAGGCCGAAGCCCUCCUCAAGAAAAAGAUCGAGAGUGGACAGGCAUCAGACGCCAAACUCCAAAAGUUCUCAAAGGCCAAGCAAGAAGAAGAGGACAAGCAACGAACCAUCUCGGCCAACAGCACUGCCUUGGCUGCCAUUGGUAACAUCAAAAAGAAGGCAACUCCCAUGAUUGGCAAACGUCCUCCUCUUGCUCCAGCAGCACUCACCCAACUUUUAAAUCUUGUCAAAGAGGGUCAGACUCUAACAGCUGAACAACAAACACAACAAACUCAACUACAAGCACAACAUGAUGCUGCUCUCAAAUUACAUCAAGUUCAACAAGCUAAAUUACAAGCUGAACAACAAGCUAAAGCUCUUGCUGCAUCAAGUUUACCUCCUCCACCUAUUCUUGGUGCUACUACUACAUCAUCGUCUUCAUCUACCUCUACAACAUCAAUGGAUAUUGACAAGGUUACACCUUCAAAGACACCAGCAACACCUACUUCUUCUUCUUCUUCAUCUUCUACUACUACUACUACUACGACUACUGCAACUCCAUCAACACCAUCCACACCAACAGCUCCAACUUCAGGAUCAUCUACCUCUACCUCUACAUCUACAACAACACCAAUGGAUAUUGACAAGGCAACACCUGAGAAGCAACUUGCUGUCUCUACCGAUUCGAGUACGACCACAGCCACUACAGCAGCAGGUAGUGGAACAAAUCCUUUGCCCAGAACCUCUUUCUUGCCACCUUCCAGUUUGGAAACCACCAAAUCUAGACAUUUCAACAGAAGAUUAUGCAAAAAGGAUGUGUUCUUUGCCACCAACUUUAUCGGUCAACAUGUAAUUCAAAAGUUUGAUUUGAGGAAACUUCAAAAACGUCCAUACACCUUUUUCUAG